GACAAGUACAUGGACCGGGAAGUCACUAAGGUGGGCCGCUACAUGUCUGACUUUUUCAAGGUCCUCAAGAAGACGGCCAACCAGGACAUCCGUGACUUCAACCAGGAGUUCGACAGGCAGAUCAGCCGGCUUCGCGAAGUUGGUUGCACUCUCCCGGACAACUGCCUGGCCUGGUGGUAUGUAGACAAGAUGAGGUUGGACAACGCCACCGAGCUGAACCUUUUGUCUUCAGUGGGCAACCUAUACAACCUUCAGAAGCUCCAGGAUGCGGCGAUCAUUCAGGACAGGAUGAACCGACGACUGUGGGAGAGAAGACCUGAUGGAGACAAGAGGACUGAGGAGAAGAGGAAAGGACACCAGGCUCUGAUGACCUCGUUGGAUGACGACGACGAGGACAAUGAGGAGCCGGCCCUCUCCGACAUCGAGGUGGAGGAGUUCAUCGACGAUGAGCACACCCAUGAGGCCUUUGUCGCUUUCCGAAACGCUAAGAGCAAGUACCGGGCAGCCUUGAAAGAACGUGGAUACACUCAGUCGAAGGAUGAACGACUGCAGCAAGCCAAAGCCCGGAGCUACUGUUCCGUAUGCCACAAGAAAGGACAUUGGCACAAAGAUCCUGAGUGCCCCGCCAACAAAGGGAAACAAGGGGGGGAGGCACAUACGACUCACGUGGUCUACAUCACUCAGAAUGCGGGCACCAAGAACGACAUCGAGGAGUACCAGAAUGGGGCAGAGCACUAUGUUGGGAACUGCGUUGACUCCAUCGAGGACAUGGACUACUUCGUCUCCUUCAUGGAGCUGCAGCGGAACAACGUGACCACGGACCGGAACAACGACCUGGUUUGGACAUGCUAUGCUGUGGACUCCAACGUCGAGAAGAGUGCCCCGGAGGCAAUGUUCCUGGCCAUCACUGACUGCGCCUGCAGCCGUACGCUUGCGGGCAGGAGUUGGGCCAUGAACUUUAUCGGAUACCUCAAGAAGACCAACAUCCCGUACUUCAUUAUGAGGCAGGAGGAGACAUUCAAGAUUGGGGGGGAGCGUCUGUACCCUUCGAGGCAGGCCCUGGUCACAUGGCUGGCAAUCCAAAACUCGUGGUUUGCCGUGAAGAUCAGUGUGGUCGGCGCUGAUGCGCCGCUUCUUCUCAGCCGGCCUGCACUUGGAGCCCUUGGGAUGCGCUACGACAUUGCCCAAGGAGUGGCUGAUUUUUCCCAUUUGCAUGUGCACUCAGUGCGCAUGAUCAUGAGCGCUUCUGGCCAUCCCCAGGUGGCGGUGACGAGCAAGAAGACUCCGUUUCUGUCCUGGCCAGAGCGUUGUGAUUGGAGUCUCACGGAGAUCUAUGUACCCACAACGCAAGCAGUAUACAUGGCCGCGAGCGGGGAGCAGCUGUUUAUACCCAAGAAACUUUCGGAGAAGCCAUCCACGUCGGAACUCAAGGGCCUCUCGAGCUUGAAGUUGGAUCAACUAAUCAAGAGGUGCAAAGAUCUCAACAUCAAGAUCCCGGAGAAACCCACGAGGGGCCUCCUCAUGAGGAUGAUCCGGGACGGGGUGCCACCGACGGAGACGGAGGUCGUGCCUUUCGGCCGCUAUCGAGGAUACCGCUUCUCCGAGGUGCCUAUGAGCUAUUUGGACUGGGCCAUCGACGAGUGUCACAACAACGAGAACCACUCCCCGGACCUGGCUCGGCUAGCACGUUGGGCGAAGGAGAACAAGGACACUGCAGCCAGCUCGAAGACAACCUCGGGCUACAGAGAUCCAGAGGAGACGGCAAAGAAGGCAAGUCCGCCCAGCCGAAAGAAGAAAGGAAGGGCGGCCACCUCGGACGAGGACGAAGACUAUUCCAUGAUCAGCGAGGCGGGGGACAAUCACGAGAAGAUCCUGGACCUGGAGAAGACGGUGAUGGAGCUCAAGGUGAAGGGGGAGAUCAACACAGAGGAUGAGGGCAAGGACUACAUCUUGGAUAACGACUUCAACACCUCCGAGACUGAGGAUGAGUCCAACGACCCUGGCAAGUAUGACAUAACGGACUCCAGGAAGCCCAAGGUGAAGCUGGUCUACCCCGACGACUAUGACCGGGUGAAGCGCCUGCCUGGACACAAGAUGAAGCGGGUCGCCCGCAAAAGAGUCAAGAAUUGGGCGCAGAAGACACUCGGGCUGAUCACGACCACCCUGCUGGCUUACACUUCGGUGGUUUUGGAGACUGCCGACCAGAACACCAAAGGGGUCCGUGAUUGGGUAUCUUCCAGGUGUUUUCCUGAACCCCAUCCUGGAGAUGAACGUGUGGCGCUCAUGGAGCUGUUUUGUGGCAGCGCUCAGCUCACCCUGGAGUAUGCCAAGGCCGGUAUGGUGGUCCUGGAGCCUCGCGACAUCAUCCACGGACACGACCUCAACAAGGAAGAAGAGCAGGCACGGGUGAUCGAUGAGAUCAACACAUUCCGGCCUGAGCUGGUUUGGAUAGCACUUCCCUGCACUUUGUGGGGACCUUGGACCAGGAUCAACUAUAAGGACCGACCCCAAGAACUACGGAGGCUGAGGCUGAAGCAAAAGAAGCUCAUCAACCUGGCCAUCGAGGCUGCUACGGUACAAAUAGCUGGGGGCAACCACGUGGCUUUUGAGCAUCCCCGUGGCUCCGAGCUAUGGAACAAACCGGACGUGAAGGAAUUGCUCCAGAUGCCCCAUUUCCAGGAGGUGGACUUCGAUAUGUGCAGCUUCGGACUCAAGGCUGUCUCCGAUGGAGGACUGUUGAAGAAGCCAACCAAGGUGAUGUGCACAGACCCAGGGUAUGCAGCAGCCCUCCACAGGAGACCUGCAAAAGUCUUCAAGCCUCUUGACUUCAACGAAGAGGUUGCCGUGGACACAUUGCAUCUCUAUGACCUCUCUGGGCACAAGGUGACGGUCCUAUCGAUCAUGGACGUGGGGUCGGGAUACCAUGUGGUGGCUCCCGUGUCCGGGAGAAAGGCAGAAGAGUACACCAAAUGCUUCUUAAAGAGCUGGGUGGCUUGGGCUGGAGCUCCACAAAGUACACUGGUGGACCAAGAGAGCGGCCUCACGAAGGACUUCCCGGAAGAGCUGGAGAAGCACGGCAUCCGGGUCAACUACACGGCGGGUCAAGCACACUGGCAAAAUGGCCACAUCGAGAGACAGAAUGAGUGGUUCCGGCAGAUCUUCGACCGGGUCAAGGACCAUGUCUCCAUGCAGGAUCACGAGGUCGAAUGGGUCCUGGCAUCAACGGCACAGGCCAAGAACUACCUCCGACGUCGCCAUGGCUACUCCCCCGCUCAGUGGCUUUUCGGGGUGGCUCCUCGCUUGGGAGAAGGGAUAUUGGAUGAGGAAGAUGACACCGCUGAGAGACAGGCCCUCAUUUCUCCUGGCGAUCAAUGGUCGAGGAAGAAUGAGAUCAGGAAGGCUGCGCGCGAGGCAUACGUGCACCUCCAGGCAUCUGAGAGCCUACAACGGGCUAUCCAUGGACGACCACGAGUCCAACACGGAGACUUCUCACAAGGACAAUACGUCUACAUCUACAGGACUUCAAAAGCAGCAGGGGGAGUCGCCCGCAAAAGGCAAAACAUUGGAGAAUGGGUCGGACCUGGGGUCAUCGUGGGGCAGGAAGGAAAGAACUUCUGGGUCUCACGAGGUGGUCGGUGUCUACUAUGUGCUCGAGAGCAUCUUCGUUUGGCCGAGUCGGAGGAGUUGGGAGGAACACUUCAAGCCAAGGCAGUGAGGUCCGACUUGGUCAAGCUCAUCGAGGGCAUGGAGAUCGACGACGAGGAGGUCUUCGCCGACGCCACUGGAGAACCCGCACCCGUCGAUGCCGGAGGGGACCUUGAAUACACUCCCUCGCUUCCAGAUGAAGGCGAACCUAUGGAGGAGGAGCCAAACUCAGGGGCUAAGCGACCUGCCGACACCUCGGUGCCUGAGAGGCGCAUGCGACAAAAGGGGUACUGCCCAAUGGUCCCAGAACCAGAAGAGGUGCCGGUUCCCGAGGACCAGGAACUGCUGUGCUACAUGGCCUCCGAGAAAAGGGUCCCUCGAGCUCUACAGAAGCAGGCGGACAAGGAGCUCAAGUGGAAUCAGAUCCCAGAGGAGGAGAUCCCCCUCUACAAGGAAGCGGAAUUAUUGGGGCUCAGGAAGCGGCAAAAGUCCGUCACACUGAGUCAGGAGCACUACGUGAACACACGUCUCCAGACGGUGGACAUCCCCAAAGGAGUACUACCAGAAGACCCUGCAGAUGAGAGAAAACAGAAGUCACCCACCUACGAGGACAUCAAGGCGACCAACCAUGUGGUUCGGAUGGCCCAGAAGGAGAAGGAGGAGAAACUGGUGUAUGAUAAGCUGGGGAAUUGGAACGACCUGGUGAUCAUCGUAUACCAUGAUGCGGCAUGGGCCAACGUGACCAACGAGUACGACCACCAGGACUAUGACGAGACCAAGGACACCGGCAUCUACUCUCAGAUGGGGUACGUGGUGGUGAUAGCACACAAGGAGGUCCUAUUGGGGAAACCUGGAAAGGGGAUCGUGGCAACCUGGAAAUCCCAUGCUUGCCAGAGGGUGUGCAGGAGCACUUUCGCCUCUGAAACGAUGGCGGCAUUGGAGGGGUGGGAAGCUGGAAUCGCUUUCCGCGAUCUGCUUCGAGGUUGCUUCCAAGCUGGGUGCCCCGGCGAGCUGCCGAUGGUGACCAUGACGGACUGCAAGAGUCUGUACGAUUCGGUGCACCGAGCCGGUGGACCGAGGGCGCCCUCUGAGAAACGCUUGCUUGUGGACCUGGCUGCGCUACGACAGAUGGUGCAUCAAGAGGUCACGGAGUGGAGCCCAGAAAAUAGGGCAGCUUUUGGGAGAUCCUUGAAAUGGAUCCCUACGGACCGCCAGCUCGCCGACGGCCUCACAAAGCUGUUGAGUAAAGGGAGUUGGUGGUCGUGUUUGAAAGACCUCAAGCCUGCAG